UCCAAUUUUCUCCUCCUCUCUCACCCUGCUGGGAGUGUUUAGCUGUUGCCGCUAUGUCUCAUUCCGCAGCUCAGGGCAGUAUCGGAAGCCAUCCGAAGGGCCUGCGCAACUAUAAGAUCAUCUUUUACGAAUAUGAAAAUUUCCAAGGGCGCAGGAUGGAGUUUAGCAACGAGUGCCGUAAUCUGUGUGACCGGGGGUUUGACAGAGUGGGCUCCAUCCGCGUUGAAUGCGGCCCGUGGGUGGGUUACGAGCAGCAGAAUUUCGGGGGCGAGAUGUUCAUGCUGGAGAAAGGGGAGUACCCUCGCUGGGACUCCUGGUCUAACAGCUACAGGAACGAUCGUUUCACGUCCUUCCGUCCCGUCCGUAUGGACGCGCAGGACCAUAAGAUCUGCAUGUACGAGUGUGUGAACUUCGAGGGACGCAAGAUGGAGGUGUGUGAUGAGGACAUCCCCAGCCUCUGGUCCUACAGCUUCCAGGAUCGAGUGGCCAGCGUCCAGGUCCCAGGAGGAACCUGGGUGGGGUAUCAGUACCCUGGUUACCGUGGUUACCAGUAUGUGUUUGAGUGUGGCCAGUACAGGCACUGGAAUGAGUGGGGAAGCAGCCAGCCCCAGAUCCAGUCCAUCCGCAGAGUGAAGGACAUGCAGUGGUACCGUCGCGGCUGCUUUGAAGCCACCUCCACCUAGACCACACCCCCCCUUCCCAGGAGCUUACAGACAGACCACACCGCCAGGGACAGACCGUCACCCAGCAACGGGCAACCGAGCCAUCAGCAAAAUCAAUCCUGGAACACUUUAGUCUUUUAGAUCAGCAAUGAAAAUGCUACUAAAAUAAUGAUGAUACUAAUUAGCAGUGCUGUAGUGGGCUCGUUUCUAAGACUGAGAGUAAACACAAUGUGCAAAAUAGAUCUUUUAAGUUUUGGUAUUCAUUUUUGAUUUUUAUUUAGUUUUAAUUUCUAAGUUAUGAAAAACAUUGUAUUUAUUUCUCUCUCUAUAUACAGUAUGUAUUUGCACUCAGCCUUCUGGAAAAGUCAGUGAACCCGCACUUCACACAGGUGACCAGCAGGGCGCAGUGUUCACUGAAGUACAGCAUAAUAACUGGGCUCCAGAAGUGUGGCCUUUCUCUUACCGUUGAGUGACAGUGAUAGCCUGUCAAGUAGCGUCCUGUCAAGCGGCUGUGAACUGCUGUCUCCUUCGUGGGCGGACAGUACUGAGCAUUCUUGUAUAACGCUGUAUCUUUCUCAGGGAUGCAGGCAUCUGAAAAGCAACGUCUUUAAAUCACAAGAUGAAACGCAUCCACUCUCCGCAGGCGGCCUGGUGGCGCCCGUACCUCCACUACUACUUCUCUUUUUCAGCUGCAUUUACUGUUUGUAUCACAUUUUAACAAAUAAACGUGGUCAUUCUUUUAAAAGAAACGCACUGCGUCUGGUGUCCGUGUCAGAUAGAUGCAUCGAGGCGAGAUUGACUAGACAACCCCACUAGUGAAACA